AUGAAGCACGCAAAUGAAAGCUAUCCAGAGUAUUUCAUUCUCAUGGGCUUAACCAGAUACCUGUGGCUGGACCGUCCUCUCUUCUUCGUCCUCCUGACCUCUUACCUGCUCACACUGUCAGGAAACACUGCUAUUAUUCUGGUCUCUCAGCUGGAUUCCCAACUCCAAAGUCCCAUGUAUUUCUUCCUCACCAGCCUUUCCUUUCUGGAUCUCUGCUUCACCACCACAACCGUACCUCAAAUGCUGCUCAAUCUAGGGGGCCCCAGUAAGAGCAUCACUUACAUGGGCUGCAUGGUGCAGGCCUUCGUGUUCCACUGGCUGGGCUGUGCUGAGUGCGUCCUGCUGGGUGUCAUGGCCUUGGACCGCUACGUGGCUCUGUGCCAGCCGCUGCGGUACUCGGUAAUCAUGGACCACAAGCUCUGCUCGCAGCUGUCCAGCACGGCCUGGCUGCUUGGCCUGGCCAACUCACUGCUGCAGUCCACACUCACUUUCCAGCUGCCCCUGUGCGGGAACCAGGCCCUGGACCAUUUCUUCUGCGAGCUGCCUGGCCUCAUCAGGAUGGCGUGUGGCAAUACCACAGUCAAUGUGGCUGUCUUAGCAGUGGUGGCCACCUUCCUGAUAGUGGGUCCCCUCUCCAUGAUCCUUGUCUCUUAUGGUUACAUUGCCAGAGCUGUAUUUCGAAUCCCUUCUGCUGCCGGGAGACUCAGGGCCUUCAACACUUGCUCCUCACACUUACUGGUGGUGUCCUUAUUUUACGGACCUGGUAUCUACAUCUACAUGCAGCCCUCAGGAGACGAUCCCCAAGACCUGUCCAAAGUUUUGACGCUGUUUUACUGUGUUAUCACUCCAAUGGCCAAUCCAUUCAUCUACACCCUGAGGAACACGGAGGUUAAGGGAGCUGUGAGGAGGCUGCUGAGGAAGACUGCUUCCUCUAAGAGAGUGUGAGAGCUCAUGCCUUACAUGUCCUCUUUUACACGUGUGCUUGUGGAUGUCUUGUGUUUUGGGUGAAUUAUUUGGGGAUGGCAGUGUGUAAUGCAUGUACCGUUGUUGCCCCCUGAUGGACAUGUUUUGAAAUUUAGUUUUUGGUUUUUUCUUCUUGAAAUAAGAUGGAUUUGGGGGAAAAAUCAAGUAUGUCCUAUCAAAGCUAUGUUGAAAAGUAAAGUUAAGAAAACCUUUACUAUGAAGAUAAGCAGCCACAUAAGAAAAGACUUGAAAAUUAGUUUGUAAAUGUUUUUGA